UGUUCUUAGAUGCCGCCACAAGCUCUUAAACGGACUGUUUCAUUAAGAAAUUAUAUAUUAAUAAAAAUUUCAUAAUUAAUAAUCAUUAAUAGAUAUUGUCAAGAAAAAUUUAGGCAACACCAAUAUCUGUUUCAUUUUAAUAAUAAUUACCAUUCAAGAGUCGAACAUAUGAGAAUUCCUUUUACCUCAAGUGACUCUUCGGUUGCGAAGUAGAAUAUAUUUUCAUCUGUAUAUUAUUAUGAGUUAUCUGAUAUCAGAUAGUGAAUGAUAUAUAAAUUAAAUUAACAUAAUACUAUCGAGAAAAUGACACUGUAUCAUUUUGGAAAUUGUUUAGCUUUAGUUUACGUUCCAUAUUAUCUUACCUAUAAAUAUUCAGGAUUAUCCGAAUAUGGAGCAUUUUGGAAAUGUAUUCAAGCAGGAGGUAUUUAUAUUUUCACCCAACUAGUAAAAAUGUUAGCACUUGCUACUUUUUUCUCUACAGCUGAUACUAUGGGAGAAAGUGGAUUUGAUUUAGUAGGCGAAUUCUUGAAAUCUUCUAUAGACUUAGCUGAUUUAGUAGGAAUCCUUUUAGUGCUAAAUAGCAUUCCUGGGAAGGGACAUGCAAAAGUUUUAACUGCCGGUAUUGGAUGGGCAGGUGCUGAAGUACUCCUUACUAGAUUUCUUCUAUUAUGGGUUGGUGCCAGAGGUGCAGAGUUUGAUUGGAAAUACAUUCAAGAGAGUCUUGAAUCUAACAUUAAUUUAGUACAGCAUAUAACAACAGCAACACUUGUGUGGCUAUGGUCAAGACAUGAUUUAAAACGUGGUUUAGUUCCUGUAGUUGUUGGUAUGCUUGUACUUACUGUCUAUAGGCCACUUAUUUUAGAUUUCUUAACAACACUUUUUUUAACUGGCCCAUGGUCGACACUUAUUGUUAAAGCAAUUACUACUUUUAUAAUAGGUGCCACAACAUUGCACAUAUAUGCAGCACUAGCUCAUUCAAUUGGUAUCUUUUAAAAAGUGUUCUGUCCUUUAAGUUCUAUUUUUUUAAUUUGUUUUAUGUAUUUCUUUUGUUAUUUAUAUUGUAUGUGAAAAAGUUGAAAAAUGAUUUCAUUGUUAUGUAAUGUAUUUUCAUCUAUUUACGAUUAACGAGUACACAUACCAUGAUUAUA